GCAUCGUACUUCCCCAAAAGAGCUAGAUACAGCUACAGGUAUUCAGCUGUCACCAACACAUUCCUGCAGGGAAAUACUUACAAAAGCAGUGGCAUUUCUCUGGAGAGCACAGUGAUCAUUGAGGUGUUGGGGAAUUGCCAGAUGGUUUUGAAAGUGCAAGAUGUACAGAUUAAGAAAAGUUUUGCAUCCAGAGAGGAGUMUCUGAAGGAUAUGGACAGCUUAAGGGGAAUACUAGAACAGAAUCCUCUUCAUUUUUCUUUCCAUGAUGGGAAAGUUCUGAAACUCUGUCCUGUGAGGAGUGAACAGACGUGGGCAUUGAACAUCAAGCGAGGCAUUCUCAGUGUCCUKCAGACAGCACAGGAAUCCACUGCUGGUUCUGUCAUUGAGGAGGUGGAUGUUCUGGGAAUAUGCCCAACCAGGUACCAGCGAAAGGGUCCCAUCCUUGUAAAGACAAAGGACUUAAACCUCUGCUCGCAUCGCUCCUCUGGUUUGACUUCUGUGCAGUCUGUUGUUCUUCCUCAUGUGUCGUCUGAACAGCAGAUCCUGUCCUCGCAGCUGGAAUGUGUUCAGAGCAUURAGGAUGGAGUCCUGGAGGAGGCCAAAUGUACCGAGUCCAACCGUGUGAUGCUGUUCCCUCACAAGGGCAGUGGGGCAGAGACACGGACACAGUCUGCACUCAAACUCUUGCAAGUGGAAACAGAGACACUCUACAAUAAAGUGCACUCUGAGGAUCUUUACGUGACCAGCAUUCUCUUUGAAAGGGAGGAAACCAAGAGGGAGGUCACUGGAGGAGAAGUGACUGAAGUGGUGUGGAAGCUUUGCUUAGCACACAGUGCGAGUUAUGAGACUGCAGACCUUUUCAUGACUCUCGUGUUURAGCUUCGACAUCUUUCUCUUGAGGCCUUAAGAGCACUAUGGCAAAGAUCUUCAUUUAAGUGCAGAGACAACUGGCAACCAUUAAUAGAUGCUCUCCCAUCUUGUGCUACAGAGGCAUGUGUUGUCCUAAUGARAGAUCUCAUAGCUUCUGGAGAAGUUGAGGAAGAUAAAGUAGAACAUUUCUUCUGGUCGUUUGCAUUCAUCCCUAAACCCACCUCGGGCAUGAUUGAGUCUCUUGCCCCUUUGCUGAAGUCACCCAGAGCAAGCCAAAGCUGCUUUUUGGGAGUCACUGCUCUCAUYCAUAGGUUUUGUUCAGCUCACAGCUCCUGUGAUGAUGUACCUGCUGUGCAGAGUGUGAUGAGGACUCUUGGGAACUUUCUGGGGGGAAACUGUGCUGUGCAAGAUCCAGAACAUCUGAGCAAGAUGCAGCUGGUGUUGAAAGCCAUUGGAAAUGCAGGACUGGCAGCAGCUUCUCUGGCUCCUGUUUUGAGCUCGUGUGCUUCCCUGAAGAGUCAUCCAGUGGAAAUCCGCCUCGCUGCUAUCCAGGCGUUCCGCCGCAUUCCCUGUUCUGUCAGGGAUGCUACCUUAGUUCAGUUGUAUCAAGCAACCAGUGAAGAUGUGGAAAUAAGAAUUGCUGCUUAUUAUAUAGCAAUGAAAUGUCCACAUGAAGAGUUAUUUAAACAAGUGCAAAAGACUUUGCUGAAAGAAACAUCCAGCCAAGUGGGCUCCUUUGUUUGGAGUCAUCUCUCUCAGCUCCUGGAGACAGAUGAUCCAUUGAAGGUGCACCUUCGAGAUUCUAUUCCUGAUGAAAUCCUUAGCAGAGAUUUUGACCAGGAGACAUGGAAAUACUCCUCAUAUUCUGAUGUCACGUUUCACUCAGCUGGUGCAGGUGCAAAUAUGGAAGCAUCAGUGGUCUUUUCUCCCGCAUCUUUUCUACCACGAUCAGUCAUGACAAAUUUGACUGUUCACCUCAUGGGACAGGCUAUAAAUCUACUGGAGGUUGGUGUACGAUUGGAGAAUGCUGAAACUCUCAUGGAGAAGGGUUUUGGUCCAAAAUCCUCUACUUUCAGUGACUAUUUUUUUGGAAACACUAAUGAAGGAAACCACGAGUCAGAAACCCCAGUGGAACCAGGGAAAGUCAAGCAGAGGAACCUGACUUUGAAGCGAUAUAGCCCCUCUGACCAUCUUGUGACCAAGUUUGGCAAGCCAAAGUUGAGAAAAACAAAUCAAAAUUGUCUUGGUAGAAAGUAUAGUAAGAUGAAUGAGUUAGUCAAAAAGUUCUCUGGGAAAAGAGGAAGAAAGGAGGCACUGAAAUGUGAGCUAAGCAUGAAAAUCUUUGGRAAUGAAUUUAGCUUCCUAGACUGUGAAGAUUUAAGAAAACAAAUGAAACAUUAUUCCUUAAAUGUGGCUGAGUUGGCUGUCAGACUUUUGAAGGGGCAGGAAGUCCAGUUUAAUAAAAGGAUGAGUUUGGCCACCGAAGAAUUGCAGUUUCCAGCAAUUUCAGGCUUUCCUGUUCAGUUGGCAGUCAAUGCCUCAGCAGCAAUCAACAUAAAAAUCAAAGGGAAUGCGGAUUUCAAUCAACAGUCCAAUUUCUUUCUAAAUGGGUAUAUCAAGCCAAGUGCAUUUGUCCAGCUUUCUGUCCAAAUGGGAACUGUGGGGACUUUGGGACAAGCUGGCCUGAGCUGGUUAACAGGAAUGAGGACAUCUACUAGUCUUGAUGGGGGAAUCCAGGUGAAGAAAGGAAAAGAGCUGAAACUUUUCUUGAAUACUCCAGAAGACACUAUGGAGAUAAUUAAUUUCAGCUCUAAACUUUACUUCAGAAUGGUGGAUGAGACAGAAGAUAUAGAUGMCUUCCAAGACCACACAGAAACCAGAUCUUGCACUAGGAAGGAAGUGUCUGAGGUUAUUGGCUGGCAGCUGUGCUCUGAAAUGUCCUAUCCUGACCCAGCCAGUGGUUUGGUUUUCCCCCUUAGUGGACCUUUGAGAGUGGCUGUGACAUUAAUAAAGCAMGACAGAGGCCUGCAGCAGUACCUGGUGGAAGCUGCCUAUAAUUACAUUGCUCAGGAGAAUUCAUGGAUCCCCAGUGAAGCUGUCUUUCACUUCUUCUUUGGGACUCCAAAGUCAGAGUUGAGAAGAGAUGUUGGUAUCGACCUAAGUUUUAGUGUCCCACAGAAGAAAUUCAGACUCCAAUUUAUACAACCUAAGAAAAAAAUUGAGAUUGAUGGGAGGAUGGAGUUUUCUAAAAGCUCACGAGUUGGACACCUGGAGCUGAUAGUGGAUGACCGAGAUGUGUAUUACAUUAAGGGAAUGACAGAUUUUCAGAUGCUCGGUGGAGAGCAGAGAUACGUGACCCAGCUGGAGGUAAAGCUGAUAAAGCWAAGUAGUCCUAUCAUUCUGUCAGGAAACAUCACUAAACUGCAUGGCAAGAAGAUAGCUUUUUCAGUAUCUCUGAAUAAUUUGUUGAAGGAUGCUGCAUUUCUUUCAGCAUUUCUGGAGAAAAAGGUUGAAGAUAAGCUGAGUCAAUACUCGUUGGAAGGAGAGACUCACUUUCCAGGUGUUCUAGGAGUUCACGCUGUUGCACUUCUCCAGCACCAGGAGGGCUUGUGGUCUCAUGGUCUGAGGAUCAAAUACGGACUCCUAGGAGAGUCAAAAACCCCUUGUCACGAGUGCAGCACGCAGCAGAAGGUUCAAGUGGAGACAGGUGCACAGGGCUUGUACAGACUGGAGCUGGGRCACGAAUUCCACUGUGUGCAGGCUCCCAGCUACAGCCACAAGAUUCACCUCAAACAUGAAGCAAGUGCAUCUUGGAUUUCCUCCCAGAUGGAAGUGAACUACGGGAAACACUGGGAUGAAAUAAACAACAAGAAGAAACUGCUGAUCAGCCAAGCCUUUAAGAACAGUUCCAGUUCAUCUGUAGUCAGCUAUUUCAUGGAGUUUACCAUGCAAGUCCUGGAAAAGCAGGUGAAUUUUAGAACCCAGCUGCAGCACUUGCACACCUCUCAGGUGUAUUUGCAGAGCAGCACUAACUUUGAGGUGCAGUAUAAUGACCGUGUACCRUUUGUGGCUGGGCUGCAGUGGAAGGAUGCAUCCAGAAAUGGCCUGAAGAAGUGGGAAGGUGGGUUAAACAUAGACACCCCAUGGCUCUAUCUCCGUGCAGCUCACAAACUGCAUCAGCCCCAGCAUUCUGCUUAUUUAUUGACAUCAGAGCUGUCAGCUGGAAAAGCUCUCUCCAUUAAAGAUCUUGCACUGGAACUAUUCUAUAAAGAUACAGGCAAUGAAAAGGAAGGAAAAGUUCACAUUUACACACCGUCUGUCACUUACCUGCAGGCAUCCACAUUGAAUCGCCUUGGGAGGAAUGUUCUGCAUAGCUAUAGUGAAAUUAUAUCUCUGUGGAAUCAGCUGGUGAAGAAUGAGAUUCAUUUGGAGAAUAAUGAACGAGCCAAACUUCUCUGCUUUAAGAUAAAGAGCACAAAACAGGAAUUUAAUUUUACUGCCAGCUAUCAGAAUCUGCCAACGCCUAAGAAGGCAAACUUUUCUGCGAAGAUUGUAUGGAGAGAUUUUAAAAGUCUGCCUGUCAUACUGCAGUGUGAGGGUCAGAUAGAAGAGCUGAGGAAGGAGAAGAUGCUCUAUCAAAAACGUGCAACCCUCCAUUUCAGGCAUCCUUUUAAAGUGUUAUAUCUACAGAGCUUCCUUCUGCAGGAGACAUUCACUGUCGACAAAAAGCAAAAGCACUAUUUCAUGGAAACAAAAGUUUUGAUAAAUAGGGUGGAGGAAACAGUUCAGACUCUUAUACUUGGUUAUCAGCCUGAAAACCCCUAUAUUUGUGCUGGCUUAACUCAUCCUUAUAACUACAGGAUGUUGCCCAAAGAUGUUGAAAUGUGCAUUUUAACUCUAAGUCAUCAAAAUGUGAAGCAUGAGCUUGAGACUGUCUUGAAGGUGAAUAAGGAAGAUAUUCUUAGUUUCCUAGGGAGGUAUCAGAACAAAUCCAGUGAGGCAGAUUUUAGACAUCUUUUACACAUGGAUGUGACACAUUCAUUCCAGCUUGAGUUUCCACAAGCAAUGGGCCUAAGUGGGGAGCUGUUUUCCAGGCAGACCAAACUGGRACACCUCGACUGUGGUGUGAGUGUAAAAACCAUCAUCAACAAGAACGUGUCCUCACAGGCCCAGGCAGCCCUGAAGAGUUAUGGUGACAACAAUGUCAAUGGCUCUCUCCACCUUCAUUCCAGUGGAAGGGAUGWGCUCAUGCUGGAGUUUGAUGUGAAMAAUGAAAACAGGAGGAAUGCCAGAAUUGUUCAACUGAGGGCUUUUCUCCAUCAGACAGUCCUGACAAACCCAGAAUCAGUACAGYUCCAGCUCGUGGGCAAAGUAUUUCCAUCAAGGCUUUUGUUAUCUUCUGAGUUGAAGCUUAAUGAAAAUAGGCUUYACAUGGAUUUCAUGGGAGCCAGGGAGCAGAAAGUUGGUUUUGUUUUGUCCCUAAAUGGAAGAGUCCAACACACUUUUGCUGGAUUAAAGGCYGUACCUCAUCUUCUUUCUCUGGAYGGAUUGCUGAAGUGCAAAAACAGCAUUCAUGAUGGUACCAUCAAUGUGAUGGUCAACAAAAGUCUGUACGGACUCCAUGUCAGGAACAGGAAUGUGUUUGGGAAUUCCACUGUGCACAAUAUCACUGUUGCCAUGUUUCAGAAUGGCAGCCAGGCAAUCCCCAUGGAGGCAAGACUGAAAGGGCACCUGGAGCUGACUCAAGAGAAGAGAAGGGGGCUAGCUAUCUUCCAGGUGGAUGAGAAGGCUCUUGCUGUAGAUUUUCUCAAAAUCACAAUUUAUGGGCACAGCAGAAUCAGUGGGACUUUCACACAUAAUAUCGACUUUUUAAAAAAUGCAGGGUUGCCGUUGGAUGGCAUUUUUACUGCCCUGUGUGAGCAUGGCCCAGGAAAUCACACCAUUGCUCUAGCCCUGCAGAGUGGCAGUGAAAGGAUUGCUGCUGUGCUUGGAGGGCACAGACUGGACACAGAGCCUUCAAAAUCCCAGCUGUCUGUGAGCCUAAAGCACAACAUCUCAAAGAUAAAGAAACAYGGGAUCCCUUUUGUUGUAGAAGCUGAUGGCUAUUAUGAGAAUUUCUCCAGAAAGAUUGCUGCAGGGAUAACAGCCACAGUGGAGAUGGAGCAGCUGAAAAUGGAAAUAGAGAAGRAAACCACUGGUACUGCUCUGGAAAUUUCUCUUUCCCUUCACCAUGAYAUGGGAGGAUUGAUGGACAUUGUUCCACAUUUACUAGAGGUUGCUUGCAGUGGAGAAUCUGCUAACAAACAAAUUUCUGGCCUUUGCAAUGGUGCAAUUGCAUUUCAUCAUUUUGAGACUCCAGCAAGAGUUUCACUGAAUGGGUCAGCAUUUACCAGCAACUUUACUGUCAUCAUCUUUGGACACGUUUCAUUUCAUGACAUGUUUGCCUGCCUGCAACUCCAUGCCACCACUCACACCCAGCCUCAUUUAGAAAUCGACUUCCAGCAUUCUGUGCCUUCACUUCAUUCUUUGGGAAUUGCCAGAGAGAACCAACUGAAGGUGUCAGCCAUGAGAAGUGACAAGUACAAGGGCAUCCUUGCUAUCAUCCUUGGGCCUUGCACUUUGGAAGCUGAUGGGGAAWUGAGCCUGGCAAGCAAUGAGACAGGAUGGGUACUCGCUUUUAGGAACAAGUGUGUCAGUCUAGAGAGGAUGGGAUUGCCUCGUGUUGGAGCCUUUGAGGGCUCAUUUCGACAGAACAUCUGCAACGUGGGCUUGUUAAUGAACCUGCAGUGCGAUGGCAGAGCAGUGGAUGUGCAGAUAGACWCCUCCUGCCAGCAGGAAUAUACACUCCAAGGGAUGCUCAGGCAUUCUCUGCCCUGGCUCAGCCAGCUUGGGCUGCCUUUUGAAAACUCUGUCUUGUUCUCUGCAGCCACAGAGUCCAGCACAGAGGGCAUUUUACUGCUGCAGGCUGGCAGAUGCACACUGAAGGCUAGAGGGGAUCUCUGGAUUCAGAAUAAAGCUGACUGGACACUGGAAACAGAAACGGAAUGUCAGCUUCUGCAGGAUCUCGGUUUCCCARCUCAGUCAAGGCUCACAGGAUCCAUUCAGAAAGACAAGUGCCAAGCAGAACUUUUCUCUGUCCUGGAAACAGAAGGCAGAACUGCCCACCUUGAAGUGAGAGCAGAAUGCAAGCCGAAGAUUACCCUGGAAAUUCAAUUCAGGCAYGACCUCCCCCAGCUGAAGGCAAUCCCAAGGGAAAAUGAGCUGUCCAUCACUGCACGGAAACACUUGAAAUAUCUGAUUGGAAUUGGAAUGAAACUGGGUGCCUGUGAGCUUCAAAUGAAUGGGGACUUUGACCCUGAGAARAACCUUCAGUGGAAAAUACUUAUAGAAAAUAAAUGCCAGACAAUUCAGGAUCUUGGAGCACCAGUGAAAAUUGAUGGUUCAGGCUACAUUUUGAAGGAUGAAAUGAACCUAGAUUCACAGACACUGAUCACUGUUGAUGAAAGUAAAUUCCGAGGACUUCUUAUACUAAAAGUCACUGAUGCAAGGCAAGAGCUGGAUGCAGUGCUAACCCAUAAUAUUCAAGGAGCUGCUGACAUUGGCAUUCCCAUGAGGAUGUUACUAGAUGUGAUAUCAGAAAAAAACAGUGACUUCUAUAAAGGAUUUAUUCAUUUCUGUGUGAACAGUAAGCAGAUUACAGAAGAACUGAACUUUAUCCAGAAGUUGGAUGUUGGGUCUCUUAACUACAAACUUACUCAUAACAUAGAGACUUUGAAGACUUUGCAAAUAAAAGACAAGAUUGAGUUGCAGGCAAUCUUGAACCUCAAAGUGACCAGGAGCUUUAGUAUGAAAGUGCUUUAUGGUACUCACCUAACAGUUCUCGAAGGACAAAUCCAGGAGUUUGAAACAAGUACCAACAUAACAGGGAAUUUCCAUCACUCUUUGCCAUGGCUGCUACAAGUCGGAGUCCCAUCAUCUUUACAGAUGGAUGUGGUUUUUCAAGGGAGAAACACUACUCAAGAGAGGUAUGUGAACAUUGCAGCUGGAGAAACAUCAAUCACAUACAUCAUAAACUCCUAUCAUGUGGGCCACCAAGUGGAUAUCUUCUGCCAGAGUGUACACARCAGUGAGCUACUCCAGGCAUCUGGCUACCCUAAGGCAAUCAACUUGAUUCUCAGUUUACAGAAAUCAGAAAACAAAGCCAAGACUAUCUGUGAAAUCCAGUAUGAUGAGAAAGAUAUAACUGUGACUGUGGAUGUUGAUACAGACUUUGAACUCCUUGGUGUAUUUGUAUUCAUGGCAGAGGUGAAGCAUUCRAUAUCACUUCUCCAUCACCUGGGACUUCCCUUCUUUCUUCAGAUGACAGUUCAAGAAGUCAUGACUGAAAAUGAAACUGAAGGAGCUCUGAGGCUGACCUAUGAACAAAACACAAACUUCACCUUUUCCAUCAGCAGAAAGAAAGAUCAGCAAGGUGAGGAGUUGAAUAUAAAAGCACUCCAGACUCAUCCCUUCUUUCUGCAGUACUUCCCCUGUGCAGCAGAACUGUCUUCUAAGGUAAAUUAUGAUUUGAGUGAAGCAAAAGGCAAACUCUACCUCAGGAUGGAAAAAAGGGAUUUCAAUGUUUCAGCAAAGCUAACUUUCACUGGAAGCAGCUACACUAAUGCCAUUGAAGUGGCACAGACCAUGGCCCAGUUAAAGAUUCUUCCAAGGCAACUUGUKCUUUUGACAAUUUACCAGAAAGGCAACAGAACACACCUGCUGAAGCACAUUGCCCUGUGGGAUGGCCAAGAGAUAAAGUUAACAGGCASUUACACUGGACUCUUCCCAAAGCUGUCUGGAGGUCAUGGCAUUCAGGUGGAACUUCUCCAUCCUCUCUCCAUCCCUUUCCCAUGGCAAACCAGGGUCAACUUGUAUGUGAAACAUUCUGCACGCAGUCACUGGGAYGAUCUCACUGUCAGCUGGAAUGAGAAGGACCAGAUAUCAGUGUCAUCUUCUCUGAAAUUUGGGAGACACCGGACGAGCUACAGAGCCAYUGUUGCCCACCCAUUUAAUUACACUCUGAAGCAAUUGGAAGUGCAUUCCUUGGCAGAAAGAAGAGGCAGAAAGUACAACCAGCAGGUGAGAUCAYGAGACAGGUUUGCAAAAUACUCAUCUGUGAUGCUGCAAUUACUGACACUGCAGCUGCUGAGGAUGAAGACUUCARUAAUAAGAUGUGCCAGCAGUGCAGGGUUUGUUCAUCUGGAGCCCUUUGGUCCUCAGGGAGACACAGAAGUUUCCAGAGAGGGCAACCAAAACCUUCCAUUGCCUCAGUUGUACAAGYGCAGCUUCUCUGUGUUUGGCUCAGGCCUGGAGCUUCCAGGCCACAGAGUUCCMUGGAGUUUUGACCUGGCUCUGUCACUGAUUUCCCUGUGGUUCUGUUUUCCUCCACUGGAUGGGGAUCAUUCUGCUGGUUCUGGUUUUGCUGCUGGACAAAUCCUUCUCUGGUUUCAGUUGCAGGUCUCAGGGAAUGCAGGGCAGCCUGCUCACCUCYGGCUGAGCCUGGAGGAUAAAUCCAAGCUGGACAUCACUGCCUGGGGUGGCUGUGUGACACUCUCUGCAGGUCAGCUUCAAAGAAUAUUAAGCAUGGAACACCUGCRUGCAUGUGGGUCUUUAGAGCAAAGAUCAACAUUGUUUAAUGAAAACCUAGAUCUGAACUGGGAUGACAAAAAAUUCAAACACAAUUUCACCUAUGAGAGAAAUCAAUUCUUGUAUCCUGAUAAGUUCCAGUUAGAAGCUGACCUGGAAAAUAUUUUCCUGACCYCAUGUACCAAACAGAAGAUUCUGGGUAAAAUAGAAACAAACUACUGCUCUUGCUUGGAUUACUAUACAAGCUUUGAGUUCUGUGACCUUCCAAAUGUAAUUGUUUUAUCUGGAAAGCACCAGCUCAACAAAGAUGACAUCAUUUUGCAGUCAGAGGGCAGAUUCCGCCUUGGUGAUCACGGGAGAGAUGAGGGGUUGAUUGGAGUAUCCMUAAAGAAUCAGAGCACUGCUGCUGUGAAGAACUAUUCUUUGGAAAUUGAAUUAAAAGCCUUUGAAGAUAUUUGGCUAGGCCUGACAGGAWCUGCUGCUUCCUCAUCUGGCCAGAGCCAAAUCCUGGUGGAGGGGAUUAUUGAUCAGAAAGAGAAAAUAAAAGCAKCUGCUUCAAAAGGAAAGGAGUGUUUUCAGUACUACAUGGGGUAUCUGAAAGGGGAUUUGGAAGAAGGAUUGGAAAUCAGUGCUUGUUCUGAUGGGCAACAGAAGGCUGCCAUUAACACCUAYCUCAGCAUCAAUGGUGAAAGGCAGGAAAAUGUGGGACAGGUGACUCUAGCAGCCGCUAAUGGAAGCUUGGAUUUUCUGGCUCAUGGAUGUGGAGAUCCAAUUCUUAAGGCUGAGAACAAGCUUAAUGAAAUUGGGAGCCUUUUGAAARCCAAACUGAUAGAAAAGAUAAAGAAGUUUGAUGGGUACCUGUGGAGAUUCAGGAGAUCAGUGCAGCACAUUGGUUUCCUGUCUGAAGCAGCUGGCUGGCCUUCUCUGGCCUUGCAAAAGGCAGCAGGAUUCCUGCACAGUGCAGGCAGAGCUGUCACUCACGUGUGGAAGCAAAGUGGAAUYGGGCACAUUCUGAGAAGCAAGAUCCCACUUUACCUGGAGAAAAUUCAAGAUGUUGUCCAGCAAAUGCAGAAAGAAUUACAAAAGCCAUUAGCCACUUUGAAGGACGCCUACUAUGAUGUAACCUUGAAGCCACUGGAUGAAGUCUGGACAGAGAAGACAGAAGAGUACAUCAAGAAAAUCCAGGCUUUUUUACCCAAGAUUGUAAAAGAUGUGUGGCUAAUGGAACCAAUCCAGGUGGCAUUAAAGGUUGUGAAAGCAGGCAUGGAUAUGGCUACACAGCAGGUGCUCAGGUGGGCAGAGGCCAYGUUUUCCAGAGCUGUGAGCAAGAUCCGGAAGCCAUUACUGAAUCUUUACAGUUUUUCACCCAGGAACUGUUCGGUGGCAGCAAAACUGCCAGUACUGCCUAAAGCAGACCUGUCCCUGCAGCUGGCAAAUGUUACCAGUUACCUCAUUGGAGAAAAAUUGAUGAGGCCUCUGCAAGACCUCUACAAUCUCAACAUACUUGCAGAGUAUUACAGAUUCAAACGGAGGAUGAUGGAGAGCCCCUUUGAAUAUCAUGCUAUUUUAGUGGGAACCAAGCAUCUYGUGACUUUUGAUGGAAAAAUGUAUGAUUUGGCAUCAAAGUGCAGUGUGCUCCUUGCCAAGGAUUUUGUUCACAAUGCUUUUACUGUCAUACUAAAUGAGGAAACUAGGAACUCAAGAUCACUGUAUGUGGAGAUGAACCAGACUGUGAUCAGUAUCUACCCACGACUAAAGAUAUCCAAGAUGUAUAACUUCUCCCUUACGGAAGAGAACUGCCAAGUAUUGGAUCAAUCCCUUGAAAAUACCACAGAUUCAAGGCGACAAGCCAACAAAAUAGAAAUAUCUGAUCAGAAAGGAGUUUCUGUCUCUUGUGACUUUCAGUAUGAUCUCUGUACUGUCACUCUGGCUGGGUGGCACCACGGUAUUUCAGCUGGGCUUUUUGGUACCAAUGAUAAUGAAGCUGGAAACGAAUGGCUGGUGCCUAAUGGUUCCUUCACUGACAAUGUGCAAGAGUUCACACAGAGCUGGCAGGUGAACAAGUGCAGUCUCGUACCGAAGAAAGAGAAGCCAUGUCCAAUUACAGCUAAGCAAAACAUCUGUAAAGUGUUUUUUGAAGAACCACAUUCACUUCUUAGGAACUGCUUCAAAGUUGUGGAACCCAAGCCAUUCUACACCAUGUGUACCCAGGACACUUGUAACUCUCCAGCCAUGGGGGCUGCCUGCAGCUUAGCAGCAGCUUUUGUUCAUCURUGCAACCGGAAUUUUGUCCCUGUGGAAAUCCCACCACAGUGCUUGAGCCAGUUCUGAAUGGCAGAUACCAGCCCUGAAGAUGGAAGAACCCUUUCAGCACCC